AAUUGUAACUUUUAUUAUAGCCUAUAGGUAUUAUUGUUUUAGUGUUUUACAAUAUGUAAUAUUAGUUGAGUUAUAUUCGUAAAUAUAGUUUUUUAAAUAUUUUUUUCGCCAAUAUGUGCGCUGCUAAUACUGGUCGUUUUGUAAAACCUCAAGAAAAUUCAUUUUUCAAGUAUGUUUUAUAGUUUUACUAUACUUGAAAUCUUUACUAGUAUGAAGUACUUUGAAUUUUUUUAUUUUAAAUUUUUAUUCCAGCCAAAUUAAAGAAGACUCUAAUGAUAUUCGAUUGAAGCAGUCAAUUGAAAACGACUUAAUUGAUAAUAAAUAUGGCUUUAUUCGUGUUAAAGAUUACCAAGAGCAUACGGGCUACCUCAUUAAUAUGCAUAGUGUAAAUAUUGUUUUUAAGGCUAUAAUAUUAAUGUUUCAUUGUUAUAUAGAAAGAUUGAUAAAAUUUUGGGAAAUGUAUUGAUGUGUUGUGUUAAUAUUGAGCUGUUCACAUUUUGUAUACCAGUUACAUUCUAUGUAAUACUUAUGAUUUGUAAAUUAUUUAUAGACUGAAAUUGUUGAUGAAGAUAAACGCUUAGUAGCUGCUGUAGACUAUUAUUUCAUUAAAGAUGAUGGUUCUCGAUUCCGAGUCACUCAACCAUUUCAGCCAUAUUUUUAUCUUUUAGCUAAAAAAGAAUUUGUUCAAGAAGUUGUUGCUUAUAUAAGUAAGAAAUUUGCUGGUAGUUUUACCAGUAUUAGUACUGUCAAAAAAGAGGAUUUAGAUUUGGUAAUGAUCACACAAUAUAUCUUUUAAUAUGUUUUAUAUUUAUAUUAUUUUUUGGUAAUCAAUAUUAAUAUAUAUUUUUAGCCAAACCAUUUAAUAGGUUUACAACAAACAUUUAUAAAAAUUGCAUUUGCCACAAUCACUGAAAUGACCAAAGUGCGGCAGGCUAUUAUGCCAGCAGUACGUAAAAAUCGUUUGGCUUUAAAAAAUAAUUCUUAUUAUACAGAAAUGUUGACAGAAUCUUUAGCUAAUCUAUCUGAAGUAGUUUCAUCAAAAAAACAAGUUGAUCACAUGGAAAAUAUAAUUGAUAUCAGGUUAGCUAAACAAAUUAUACUUUUAAAUUUACCUAUAUCCCAGGGAAGGAAUUGUUAAUUUUGUAUCAUUUUCAAUACAAGCAAAUUGAAUUUUGAAAUUACAAACUCUUAUUCACAAAUUAAAACAUUAUAUAUACUUAUUUAGGUAAAAAAACAAAGUGAGAAAAAUUACACUAGAAGAAAUUAUAAAAAAAGUAAAAAAUUGACUAAAGUGCUUUAACUGGGGCCAAAGAUAUGUAUUUACAAUUAAGUCAAUUACUUAGGUAACUAAAAUAUAAAGUCCCUAUUUAGAUCUUUAAAUUUGAAUUGUAUUUAGUAAAUUUUACCUUUUUUAUAUUUUAAUUCUAGAAGUUUUUAAAAUUUAUGAAUUCCAAACAUUACUGUUAGGCUAUACUUUUUUCCUUUGAAAAUAAAACCCUAAUAAACUCACUUUAGAUUCUGAGUUAAACAAAGCAGCUUAUGGUUUUACAAAGAAGUUUUUUUUUUCUUUCUGUUUACAACUUCUACCAGAAAUCUUGCUCCGAUUUAUAAUAAUAGUAAUUUUUCUAAAAAGAAAUCUGACUGGGAAGGUACUUUAGAUAGGUCAUUUUUUGAUUUUCUCAUUAGUUUUACCAAUAAAUGGGGAAAAACAUGGAAAACUGUAAAAAUAGGUAAAAUAUACAAUCAAAUAUUAUUAAAGAAAAUUUAUAAUGUACACAUGGUACCAUAAUAUGACAUAUUUAUUGUUGAAAAAAUAUCUACACUAUCAACUGAACUCUGCUCAGAAUCGUUUUUUCGUUAACAGUGGUUUAUUAUUGUUUACAGAUAUACAUAAAAUUUCCCCCUUCUAGCUUCCUAACUUCUUACCUAUAACAGUUUCUGCACCUACAUGUGAAGUUGCCCGGUUUUUUAAAAAUAUUUUUGCUCAUUUUCUCAUUUGUAUUCUAGAUACUAACUAUAAAUUAAAUUUUUAGAGAGUACGAUGUAGUGUACCAUAACCGAGUAUCUACAGAUCUUAAAAUAUUUACUGGUUUAUGGUAUACAGUCCAAUGUCGUGGCCCUUAUAAUCAAGCAAAUUUUACAAGACGCGAUGACAUUAUUGAUCGACCCGAUAUGAUUGUUAUGGCAUUUGAUAUUGAAACAACAAAACUUCCACUAAAAUUUCCAGAUGCUAACACUGAUCAGAUUAUGAUGAUUUCAUAUAUGAUCGAUGGUCAAGGAUAUUUGAUUACUAAUCGUGAAAUUAUAUCUAAAGAUGUUGAUGAUUUUGAGUACACACCAACACCAGAGUUUGAAGGUAUAUAGUCUAUUUAACUUUAUAACAAAAAAGGGAAUUCUUAGAAAAAUUCUUCACUUAUAGAGUUUUCGUAAAAAGAAAUAUUUACCGUGCUAUUUUUUUUUUUUUGUAAAUUAAAAAUUAAGUUAUUUAGCCAAUUUACAUUAAAAAGAUUUAUCCCUAGAAUUUUGAAAAGAAAUAUUAAUUGAAUAAUAAUUAUUAUUUAUUACCUGUAUAAAGAAAUAUUUUUAAUUUCCUUGUGUGUUUCAGUACAUUUUAUCUAUGGCUAUUUUAAAAGUUUAAAUCUGCUCUAUAAUUAAUAAUAUAUCUAAUAUUUGUUAAUUUUUAGGUUUAUUUACUAUAUUUAAUGAACCUGAUGAAGGUGCUUUGAUAAAUAGAUUUUUUGAACAUAUUUUGGAUAUCCGACCUCAUAUAAUUGUAACAUAUAACGGUGAUUUUUUUGAUUGGCCUUUUGUGGAAACUAGAGCAGCAGUUCAUGAUUUAAAUAUGUCACAGGAAAUUGGAUUUUCCAAAAAUGUGGCUGGAGUUUAUAGUUGUCGACCAGCUAUGCAUAUGGAUUGCUUAUGGUAGAAUACAAAUUUAAUUUAAUAUAUUGUUAUUAUAAGUGUUAAACGUUUUCAUUGUGAUUCACUAUUAUAUUGUUUAGUUGUAAUGUAAAUUAAUUUUAAACUUUUAAUAUUACAAAAAUUAAAUUAUUCCUAUAUCAUUUUUAUUUUGUGUAAUUAAAAAUGGAACUUAAAACUAAGUCAAUAAAUAAUAAAGUUGAUUUAUUCUCUGAACGAAAAAUGUACUUACUAUAUAAUUUUAUACCCAAAAUAUAUUUUACCUGUACAUGUUAAUAAUAUGAGGAAUAAUGAAAGUCAGCUUGGAAUAUUUAUUUAAAAUAAUGUUUUAUACUAUGCAUUAUUAUUAUUUAUAAUCUAACAUUUGAUUUUUAAUAUUUCAGUUGGGUAAAACGUGAUUCAUACCUUCCAGUAGGAUCACAGAAUUUAAAAGCUGUAGCUAAAGCUAAACUACGUUAUGAUCCUGUUGAACUUGAUCCAGAAGACAUGUGUCGACUAGCAACAGAUGAACCUCAAGUACUUUCCAACUACUCAGUGUCAGAUGCUGUCGCUACUUAUUAUUUGUACAUGAAAUAUGUUCAUCCUUUUAUAUUUGCUUUAUGUACUAUUAUUCCCAUGGAACCUGAUGAGGUAAGAACUAAGAAUAAAUAAACACAAUUUUUCUAUAAUAACUUUAUUUAGCGUUCAUAAACACAUAACUAAAUCUAAUAAUGUAUUAUUUUAUUCAUUAAAAAAAAUUAAGAACCACAAUAACUCUGUAGUUCAGACAUAUGACAUGGUUUGAGACAGCAUUCAUCAAUAAUCCUUGAUUUAGAACGUAGAAAACGGGAUGGUAUAAAUGACAUUGUUCCUCGUUUUGAUCGGUAUGGAUAAUCAAUAGAAUUGUAGUCCUCUAAGUCUUUGUAAUCCCAGGCUUCUAAAUCUAUUUUUAUUUUAAAAAUAGUUUUAAUAAUGUUUUAACUAUGAUUAAAAUUUUAUAGCUAUAACAACUAUAGUUGUUAAAUCAAUUGUAGUAAUUAAAAAAAAAAAAAAUACAAAUUAUAUCUGUAGAAUCUAUUGGUGUACUUUUAACUUUUUUUUAAUAAAUAAGAAUAUAGUUAAUGGUUUAUUUUAUCCCCCUUUUAGUAUUUCACUAUUUAUAUAAUCUGAACAUUUAACAAUUAAAUGUUAAUACAUUUUGACAUUUGGUUGAUUGCCAAUAUAAAUAUUAUAUUAAUUUUAAAUAUGUGUUGUAAUUUAAUGCUUUAACAAUUUUAACAAUGGAUAUUACUGGAAAGUUAAUAUUAUUUUUAAAUAUUUGAACAAUUACUGAAAUCUACAAAUACUAGAUAGAAGAUAUACUUGAAUAUUAUGUUUUGUGUUUUCAAAAAGUAUCUAUGCUAACUACUUAAUGCUACUACAUUACUUAAUGUUUCUAAGUAGAAUAUUAUAUAAUACUCUAUUAAGACAAAAUAAAGGCUAAAUAUUAAUUAAAUAAUCAAUAAUUAAAAAUUACAUCUACUAUAUAUAAUAUAAUAUAGAUAUAAUAAUAAUUAUAUCUACUACUAUUAUCUAUUAUGGGUAGUAUAAUUCCCUGUGAACUUACCCAUUUGACUUCUUUUGCCAUGUUCAUUGUACUUGCCUUUACAUACAAGUUUCAUCGUGUCUGCUAAUCUAGAUCCACAAUACUGUUGGGGUAUUCUAAUAUUAGCUGUUAAAAUUUUGUUGACUAACAUCAAAAGAAGUAUACUCAAAUAAAAAAUUAUCUUCAUUUUAUUCUAAAAAAAGUUUAAAAAAGAAAAAUUAAUAAUAAUAUAUUAAGGCCAUUUAAAAUUUUAAAAAACUUUAAACUUUUAAGUUGUAAAAAUAAAUAUGUACAAUUAUGAGUUACCCUAAUUUUUAUACUGAAAAAGUUACAAUGCAAUUUUCAUGAAAUAUAACAAAUUAUACAUACCUCGAUUGAUCAAAAUAUAUGAGUAUAUACUAGUUACUACUAAAUUUGUAAAAUGAACAUCACAGACUGUUUGGGUCCUUAUAUAUGAACCAAAUAGCUGUUUUCAUAUUAUGUAGGUGUCCUUAAUCUAAUCCAGUUAUUGUUAAUAAUUUACAUACAUCAGGUAAUGUUAGGGUGAUGAUUGGACAAGGGUCAAGAUUAUCAUUUAUAGUAUGAGAAUUAAUUAAUUUUUGAUUGACAUAUUAAAUGCUGUUGGUUAUUAUUACAUUUUACCAUUAUCCAAUUUGGAAACUUAAAGGUAAAUCAUUUUAAUGACAUGUCAAAAUGUUUAAUAUUAGAAAAUGUUCAUUUAGAUAAGAUAACCAAAGUCAUUAGGUAAUCAGACACUCCAGCACACAUAAUUUAUCUUUAGUAAAAGUAAUAAUUUUAUUAAAAAUAUAAUUUUAAAUUUAAAAAAAUGCAGAUGCUAAAUUCACUUUUAAAAAGUAUUACAUAAAUCAAUCUAAGCUAGUUAUAGUUUUAUUGAUUUUUAUUAUUUGUUCUAAUUUAAAGUGAUAAGGUAAAGCUCUUGAAAAUUAGUUAUUUAAGGUAAUUUAGUUUAACAAUUUGAUAAUCUAAUUUAAAAUAGAUCAUUUAAAUGGUUUUAAAUAUUUUCAUUGUGCACAUACAUGGAUGUAUUAAAUAUCUUUAACUAUUCAAAUAAUUUGAUGUUAAUUCACUAUUAAAAUGUCUAUGUUUAUUUACUGUGUUUUUUUUUAGUGUGCCCAAGCAACUUUUAAACUAGAAAACUUGCUCUGAUGCAUCAAGUGUAGCACCUUUUCUGAAUACAAAUUUUCUCUAGUUGAUGCAUCAGUAGGUCAUUUGUUUGAUUUUCAAUGGGUUUUCAAAAUAAUUGGGAAACACUGAAAAUAAAAUUAUAGCUAUAAUUGCGAAUAUUGAAAAUGCACCGGGGUACUAACAAUUUCAUUAUGUUUAACUUUUGCAAACUAUAUUUUCUACCAGAAAUAUUGCUCCAAUAAAAAACGACAAGAAAUCUAUUUUGUUGCAUUUUUGUUUUAGUUGUUGACUUUAGAAGUCGUUUUUUGAUUUUUUGUGUACUUUUUUAAUAAUUGGGAUAACUGAGAAAAAAAAAAUUAGAAAGAACAAGAAAAUUUACAAAAAUAAUGAUUUUUUUUUUUUAAAUUUAGUUUUUUCAUGUAAUUUAGCUAAAUAUAUUUAUAGAUAUUUAAAUUUUUGACAGAAAACUUGUAUUUAUUUUGCUAGCCAUAGUCAAAUUUUCAAAUCUUUUGAGCUAUUUAUAGAAAUUUUUAUUUUGUGAAUUUUGCUUAUAAUUUUUAUUUGGUAGGUACUGUGUGUAUAAAAUUGUUAGACUAUACAGAAAUUCUUGAAAAUUUAAUAGGAUUUAAUUUAAUAGACAUACAUAUUGGUAAAAAAAAAAAAUAUAAAAUGCAAUGUAGUAAUUUUUUUUUAUAUAAUUGUUUUACAUUUUACGACUUUUCUAACUUAUGUAAUCAAACUUUGUUCUGAAUAAUUUAUUGUUAGCAAUGGUUUAUUGUUUCUUACAGUUCGAAAUUAAAAAACUUUAUUUAUCCUACUUUCCAGAAUUCCCACAUACAACAGUGGCACACCUAUCCCCAGAUCAACUCUUUUUAUACAUAUAUAUUAUUAUUAUUAUUAUUUUAAGUUGAGAUUUUAACUUACAAAUAAUUGAAUAUUGUUUUCUCAAUACACAAUAUACAUAGGUUAUUUCUAGAGUUUUUUCCUACCUACCUAGCUUUGUAAUUAAAAAAAAGCUAUACAAAUCUGGGGAAAAAAAUAAUUAAUAAUCAUAAUUUAAUUCUUUUUAUUUCAAGUUUUUGAAUAUAUAGGAGAAAGAUUAUACAUUCAUAAUAUAAAUUCAUGUAUUUUGAAAGUAUAUUUUGUUAAUAGUUUGAUAAUGCUCAAGCUCUUUUUUUUUUUUACUGUCUAGUACAUUUUAACACGUACGAGUAAAUUUCCUAACUAUAUAUUAAUUAAAACCAUUAGGUUAUAAAAUGUAUUUACAUAAAAAGUAAUUGUUCCAAAAAUUCACAAGUUUAAUGUAAAACCAAAUUUUCUACUAGUUUAUUCUAUAAUUUUUUGUAUAAAUAUAAUUACAUUAUUUAUCAAUGAAUAUUUACAUAAAGUUAUUUUAAUUUGUAGGUUUUAAGAAAAGGUUCUGGAACUUUAUGUGAAAGUCUUUUGAUGGUUGAAGCAUUUCAUGCAAAUAUUAUUUUUCCGAAUAAACAAGAACAAGAGUUAAAUAAAAUGAGUGAAGAUGGUCAUGUAUUAGAUCAAGAGACGUAUGUUGGUGGCCAUGUAGAAGCUUUAGAGUCUGGCGUAUUUCGGGCUGAUAUACCUUGUAGAUUUAGAUUAGAUACAUCAGCUUUUGAUAUGCUCAUAGAGAAAUCAUCAGAAAUACUGAAGUUUGCAAUUGAAGAAGAAGAAAAAGUCUCUAUGGAUACUGUCACAAAUUUAAAUGAAAUAUUGGAAGAUGUUAUUAAAAAAUUAGAAGCUCUAAAAGCUGAUCCUUAUCCAUCUUUAAGUCCUCUAAUAUACCAUUUAGAUGUUGGUGCUAUGUAUCCAAACAUAAUACUUACGAACCGAUUGCAGCCUUCAGCUAUGGUUAAUGAUGAAAUUUGUGCAGCUUGUGACUUUAAUGUCCCAGGUGCUAAAUGUCAAAGAAAUAUGACUUGGCAGUGGAGGGGAGAACUGAGUAUGUGUAAAACCAUUGAUAUUUCUUAUUAAAACCAUUAUUAAUUUAUAUAAUUAUUUUUUAGUGCCGGCUUCACGAACAGAAUUUCAACGUAUUCAACAGCAAUUAGAGACAGAAAAAUUUCCUGGUCAGUAUCCUAAUGACCCUCCUCGAGCUUUUCAUCAGCUUAAACGAGAUGAGAGAGCUGCCUGGGAAAAGAAACGUUUAACUGAAUAUUGCCGUAAAGUAUAUAGAAAAACUCAUGUUACCAAAAUUGAAGAACGUACUACAACUAUAUGUCAAAAAGAAAAUUCUUUUUACGUUGAUACUGUAAGGGCAUUCAGAGAUAGACGUUAUGAGUAUAAGGGACUUUGUAAAGUUGCUAAAAAACAAAUAUCUGAAGCUAUAGAAAAAGGUGAUCCUGUUGAAAUUAAAUCAGCUAAAAACCGUGAAAUAUUGUAUGAUUCAUUACAAUUAGCGCAUAAGUGUAUCCUUAAUUCAUUUUAUGGAUAUGUUAUGAGAAAAGGGUAAUUAAUUAUUAUGUUAUUUUAACAUUAUUUAUAUAUAAUAUAUUUUGAUUAAGUAAAUUAGUUAACAAAAAUGUAAGAAAUAGUUCUUUAUUUCUGCUCUUAAAAUAUUUAAAUAAUUUCACAAAAAGUUGUGUUUAAGUAUGGUUGUAUAUUCAUAUAAUGAUUAAUAAUUUAAUAAAUAAAUUAUAAUAUAAAGCUGUUAUUACAAGUUCUGAACUACAACAAGAUUUUUAAAAUAAACAAUUUUGUGACAGAUAAUAAAUUAUAUUUUUUCCUUAUAUAGAAAGUAUAUUAUAUAAUAAAUUUAAAUAUUGUUUUUUAUUUACAGUGCACGUUGGCAUAGUAUGGAAAUGGCUGGAAUAGUUUGUUGUACAGGUGCUGCUAUAAUUACAAAAGCUCGUGAAAUAAUUGAAAGAAUUGGCCGGCCCUUAGAAUUAGAUACUGAUGGUAUAUGGUGUGUACUUCCAUCAACAUUUCCUGAAAAUUAUACUGUUAAAUCUACAAAUCCGAAAAAAUCUAAAUUUACUAUAUCCUUUCCAAAUGCAGUUUUAAAUUCAAUGGUCAAAGUUCGUUGAAUACAUUUUUAUGUAAUUAUUGUUUAAAAAUAAUAAUUAAAUAUAUACAAAUUCUUUUUAGGAACAUUUUACUAAUCAUUACUAUCAUGAUUUGGUUGAUUCAGAAAAACUUAUUUAUAAACAAAGAAGUGAAAAUUCUAUUUUCUUUGAAGUUGAUGGUCCAUAUUUAGCAAUGGUUUUACCAGCUUCUAAGGAAGAAGGGAAAAAGCUAAAAAAGCGAUAUGCUGUAUUUAAUUUGGAUAAAUCAUUAGCCGAAUUAAAAGGGUAUAGUAAACUUUUUCACAAUAUCUACUACAUAAUAUCUUACACUAGAUGUUAAUGAGUACUUAUAAUAUUAAUAUGUAUUUAAUGUUCAAUAUAGAUUUUAAAUUAAUUUAAAAUUUUCCAUUAUAUAAUACAAUAUUAUAAUAGUAUAUAAAAUAGUAAUAGAAUAUAUUCCUUAUAACUAUAUUUUAAUUAAGUUUAAUAAAUUGUAUAUUAACUUUUUAUAGUUUUGAAGUUAAAAGACGUGGAGAACUUCAAAUAAUAAAGAUUUUUCAAUCAUCGGUGUUUGAAGCAUUUUUAAAAGGUGAUACAUUAGAAAAAUGUUAUGAAAGUGUCGCAACUGUUGCUGACUAUUGGUUAGAUGUUUUGUAUUCAAAGGUAAGUUUAAAAUAAUUUAUUUUUAAAAUUUUUAUGAUGAUUGAUUUAAAAAUAUAAAUUUAGGGAAAAAAUAUGCCAGAUUCUGAAUUGUUUGAACUAAUAUCAGAGAAUCGUUCUAUGAGCCGUAAACUUGAAGAAUAUGGAACUCAAAAAUCUACUUCUAUUUCAACUGCUAAACGACUAGCUGAAUUUUUAGGUGAUCAAAUGGUCAAAGAUAAGGGGCUUGCUUGUCGUUUUAUUAUAUCUAAAAAACCAGAAGGCACUCCAGUAACUCAAAGAGCUAUACCACUAGCUAUAUUCCAAUCUGAGUUGAGCAUAAAGAGACAUUAUUUAAGAAGAUGGCUUGCUGACAAUUCAAUAGAUGAUAUUGAUAUACGUGAUGUACUUGAUUGGAAUUAUUAUAUAGAACGUUUAAGUGGUACAAUUCAAAAAAUUAUAACUAUACCAGCAGCUUUACAAGGAGUAAGUGAAAUUACUAAUUACUUUUAAAAUAAGUUGUUAUAAUAUUAAAAAAAAAAAAUUAUUAAUAUUUAGGUUUCCAAUCCUGUCCCAAGAGUCAAACAUCCUGAUUGGCUACACAAGAAAAUGCUAAUGAAAGCUGACCCGUUAAAACAAAGAAAAAUAACAACAAUGUUUCAAUCGAAACCAUUAAAUGUUCAGGAACAUUUGUUUGAACAACCCACAUUAAAUGAUAUAGAAGACUUUGGUGAAAAUGUAGAUGAUAAUUUUGUUGAAAUAAGACCAAGACCUAUAGUAACUAAGAAGCGUAAACGUGAUAUUUCACCUAUUGAUGCUAGAAAUUGGAGAGAGGCUUUAGGACCUCCACCACCAGCUACUGAUAUUAAGGUUUACAUAAGUUUACUAUAAUAUAAUAAAAUAUUUAUUAAUUUGUAUAAAUUGAAAUAUAUGUAUUUUUUAAUUAUAAGUUAAUUAUGAAUACAUGUAUGAAUUUAUAUUUAUACACAGGUUUUUUUUUUACAAUAUUAUUUAAUUAUAUAUAUAUUAUAUUAUGUUAAUUUAUCAUUUUUUAGAAUUGGAUUGUGUAUCAAAAGAAAAAGUGGAAAUGGCAACUUGAAAAGAGGUCAGAAAUAAUGGGUAAUCGCGAAAAACGUAUGCGAGAUGAUCAUGUACAAGUGCCUAAAGGACGUGCUGGUACAUUAGGAGGAUUUUUAAGACGAGCACAACAAACAUUACUAAGUCAACCAUGGCAAAUUAUACAAAUAUAUCAAUCCGGUGAACCUGGUUUAUUAAAAAUUUGGGCUAUGAUUGGAGAUGAGUUACACAAUAUUCGAAUGAAUAUACCUAGAGUCUUUUAUGUUAACCAGCGACAAAUUGAGAUAGAUGAUAAUGAAAAACACAUUUCUUGUAUUAAAGUCAAUAUGAUAUUACCAAGAGCCCGACCAAUUUUAAACUUGUAUAAGUAUACCAUUAUGGAAAAAUAUUUUAAUGAAACCAAAGAGUAAGCUAUUUCUCAAUGUUUUGAUUUUUAAAUUAUUUAGAACAUGAAAUUUAUUUAUUUAGUAAUUUGAUGGGUAACUUAUCCAAACCGGGCAUUGAAGGACUGUAUGAAACCAAAGUUACCCCAGAAUUAAGAGCUUUAUUAAAUCUUGGAUGUGUUUGCUCUGUCUCAUUGGAAGCAGCAAAAAAAAUGGCUGCAUUGCCUGAUCUUGGACAUUUUUCACUAGAACAAAUGAAACAAACUUCACAUAAAUAUUUAAUAAAAGUGAGUGUACAUUUUGUAUGGUUUUUAACAUGAAAUAAUUAAUUAUAUUUUUAUUGAUAGAGUUCUAUAAAAGAUAUAUUUUUAUAUGUCAAUAAAGCCCCUACUGGCAUACGUGCUAUGUAUUCACUGUUUUUAACACCUAAUAAAAAGGCAUUUGUGUGGGUUAUAGACACAGUUCGUACAAAUCGUAUGGCAAAUUUGAACACAUUAUAUGGCAAAGAACAUGCUAAUAAGUAUAUAUUUAAAUUUCAGUAUUUUUUAUAUUAAAUAAUUUUUUUAUUGCAUUAUAUUUAUUUCAUUUUAACUUAGAAUUUCUCGUGGACAUAAUGAAUCAGAUAUCCCCCCGUCCGAUAUAGUUUUUGAAGUUAGAGUAGAAACAGAAGAAAGACAAGUUUACAGACAAAUUCAAAGAACUCUGCAAUCAUACAGAGAUGAAAAACGAGGACCUACAAUGCUAGUUAUUCAAUCCCCAAUAGGUAAAAUAUACAUUUAAAUUUGUUAUUGUCAAAUGCAUAAUAUGGUAUUUCAUUGUAGAUAAUCGAGUAUUAAUUUCCAAUAUUCCAAUAAUGACUGAAUUCCCGUUGGUAACUCUUCAUGUUCAAGAUUCAACUGAUUCAAUGUAUUCUCAAAUGGAAUGGCAACGUUUAGGUUGUAACCUGAUUGUUCAACAUUUUUUAAAUAGUCUAGAAAACAAAAAUUUAAUGUUAGAACAAUGCAGAUAUUUACAAAUACCCCUUGGAAAUUUACCAGCUGAUGUAACAAUGUUUGCCUCUGAUAUAUUUUUUGCUAGACAUUUAAUGAAACACAAUUUUGUGUUAUGGAUCUCAGAAACUGACAAACCUGAUUUAGGUGGACGUGAAACUGAUGACAAUAGGUAAUUAGUACAUUUUACUAAAUUAUUAUAACUAAAAUUGAAUUGAAUCCCUUUAAUUAAAUGUAUAAAUAAAAUACUUAUAUUUCUUUAAAUAAUUAUUUUAUUAGAAUGUUAAUGGACUCUGAAGAAAGUUCAAGUAUGCUUGUCAAUAGUGAAGGUUGCUAUACUUCGUAUUGUAUCGAGCUUGAAAUUGAUGCUCUUCCAGUGACAACUCUAUUACAAUCUCAUCAUAUUCAUGAUUUUGAAGGUUAAUAAUUAAAAUUAUGACAGGAAUUUUCUUUAUUUAUUUGACAAAAUUAUAGACUUUAUACUUAUAGACAGUAUCUCAGUGAGAACUUUCAGUUGGAUGCAGGUUGUACUUUCAGGUUGAAUUCUGAUAUCAACGCUUUAUAAUAAGACUACUAGAACUAUAUACAUGCUUAAUCUAAGAAUAUAAGGUCCAUGGAAAAAAUAUGUACAAUAAUAGUUGUGAUGUAUUUAAUUUAUGAUAAACUAAAUAGUUCAAAAGAAAUUCAAGCUUAUAAAGAUAAUUACAGUUUUUAGUUUUCACUUUGUGUUAUAUCAUAGCUUUAAUUAUGCUUAUUAAAAUAAUUAUUGAACAUUUUUUCUACUUAUAAGUAUAUAAAUAAUUUAGACUAUUUUUAACAAAUUAUUUUUCUAUUUAAUAUGUUUAGUUAUAAUAAUCAUGGAGAUUAGGCUAAAUAUAUUUAGUAUCAAAAUAAAGUUAGUUUGUUAAGUAAAAUUAUUUAUUUAAUUUUAUUAUUUGUAUAUUUUAGGUGCAAGUACAGGUAUUGCAUUUGAUCAAAUUCCUCAAGCUUCUCUCGAAGAAAUAAUGGAUGGUGGAACAUUUGUAACACCAACCUAUGAUGAAAUAGCAUUGUGUUCAGCCGCAUUUAGAGUUUUACGGUCAAUGGUAAAUGUUUGGUUUCGUGAUGUUGUAUUGCAUAAAAAUCCAUAUGCAGAUUUUCAAAUGGUACAUUUCUAUAGGUAUUUAUAAAAUCUUGCAUAAUACAUAGUUUAAAUGUUGACUUAAUCAUAUUAUAUAAUAUUAUAACCUUUUAUUUUAUUAACAUUAUUUUUUUUAGGUGGCUUAGAUCGCCCAAUGCAUUAUUGUAUGACCCAGCAUUACGUAAAACACUUUAUAGUUUGAUGAGAAAACUUUUUAUGCAAGUAAAUAUAAUUGAAUAGUGAUAUGAAACACUUUAAAUAUUUGUAAAAAUAUAUAUUGUAUUAUAAAAUACUGCAUAAAAAUAGAAUAUUUAACAUCUUUUUUAAUAUUUUACAGUUAAUUGCAGAAUUUAAACGACUUGGUUCUUCUAUAAUAUUUGCUAACUUUAAUAAAAUAGUGAUUUGUACAAAAAAAAAAUCAUUAGAAGAUGCAAUAUUUUAUGUGCGUUAUGUCGUUCAGAAUAUUACCAACAAAGAAUUGUUUCACUGUUUACAAAUAUCUUUAGGACCAUGUUGGGAAUAUUUAAUGUGGUUAGAUUCGGUAAAACUAAUUUAUAUAAUAAAUAAUAUUCAAAUAUCUAUCAGUUUUUGUUUUUUUUUAACAUUGAAUUUGUAUCAACAGUGGAAUUAUUCUGGCGUAAAAGCAAAAUUUUCUAAUAGACUAAAAGAAGCAAUGAUAAAUAUAAUUGAUAUGUCAAAUGAAGAUGUCGAAGAACUCCUUAAAGAACACAACACCCCUGAAUUAGAUAUUGAAGAAGUAAUAAUAGGUUUCAUUGAAAAAUUAGAAACUUUAAUUUAUUUUAAUCAAUUAUUUUAAGGUGGGAAUUGAAAUGAAUUGGAAUAUAUCAGAAUUUUUACCUAAUGUAUGCCAUGCUCGUAAACAUUUUGAAGAAAUAAUUGCUCUAUAUAUAAGUGCUAUUUAUAAGCAUAUGCAGUCAAUUGAUUCUGUGACACAGAAACGUAUUUCAGAAUCACUAUCACAAGUUACCCAAAGUAACAUGCUUGGGGUAGCAGCUUGUGAAAGCGUUGCAAAAUAUGCUAAAACUAUAAUUGCGGAAGAACUUACCACUAAACUUUUUACGUAUAUAAAAUAAAAUUGUUUUUUUUUUUAUACAAUUAUAACUUAACUAUAAUAUUCUUUUUUAUAUUUUAGAAUAACACAAAAAAUUCAUAAAAAAUAUCCAGUUUUGGAUGUUGAACUUCAAGAAACACUUUCACCAUUUUUACAAAAUAAAGGAAAACAUUUGAUUCCAGCUUUACAAUUUGUUAAGACUGUCUGUAAAGUGAGUAGUUUACUUUUUAAAUUUGUAUAAUUAAUUUAUUAAUUAAUUAUGUGUGUCAUAUAUUAUAUUAUUAUUAUUGUAGGUACUUUCUCUAGAUUUUGGAGUAGAAGAUGAUAUUAUGAAACUAAGAAGAAAUCUGUUACGUUUAAUCAAUGUUGGAGAUUUUAGUGAUGAAGCUGAUUGGAUAGAUCCUUGUCUCUCUUGGACACUACCUGAAGUAAUCUGUAAAGGUUGUAAUCAUUGUCGGGACAUAGAUUUGUGUAAAGAUUCUUAUCGGAGUGUUGUUAAUGGAAAGUAUGUUCUAAAAUAAUAAUAUUUUAUGUAGGUUGAAUAAAUAGGAUAAAUAACAAACAAAAUUUGAACAUUUAACAUUUUAUAUGAAAACAGAAAGUGUCGCUUAUCUGCAAUUUUUUAAAAAUGUUUUUAAAAUACAGCGAUUUCCGCUUAAUGUGAUCACAAUAGUUCAGGUCAUUUUGAUUAUAUUAACUGUUUCUAUAUUUUUUACGUAAACUUAAAAUAAAAUGUACAUUGUAUCUGUAACUUUUGGAAUAUAAAAUUAAAAAGUAAUAUAAAUACAUAACUAUAAUAUAAAUGUUAGGAAUGCACCAAAAAGUGAUUCGAAUAAAAAGUUAAUUUAACAUUAUUAACAUAAGAUUUGGUUUGGGAUUUUUCAUUUUUGAUUCCAAUAAAUAGUUGAUUCUAUAAACUAGUGAUCACAUUAAGCAGAAUGCCACUGUAUUAAAAUUGUAUAUCAUUAUACAGGUUGUCCUGAAUUAUACUUUAUAGUGGUAAUGCAGUGAUUUAAUUAUACUAAUAAUAAAAAUAUUUAAAUAUAUAUCAGUACAUUGAAUUAUUUUUUUUAGAAAGACAUGGUUGUGUCCAAAUUGCAAUAGUAAUUAUGAUAAUUUGCUGAUCGAACACUUUUUAAUUGAUGCCCUUGGUAGAAAAGUAAUGGCAUAUACUCUUCAAGAUUUGCAAUGUACAAAAUGUUCAGAGGUAUGUAUUUACAUAUUUUUGAUAAAUCUACAUACUAGUUAUUAUUUUUUUUACAGAUAAAAAUGGAAAAUCUAAAUGCCUAUUGCUCGUGUGCUGGUGAUUACACAACAGUAAUAUCCAAAAAUGAUUUGAUGUCAUAUUUAAAGACAUUUAAGGCGAUUUCUGAGUAUUAUGAUAUGACUCUACUAAAGGAAAUGUUAUUACAAUAUUUAAACUAAACUUAUUAUUUAUCUGUUUGAAUUAUUAAGAUCUGCUAUAAGUAUUAUAUUUUUUAUGUGCACCAAUUUUUGAAUAUUCAGUUGUAUACAUUCCAGGCACUGGUAAUAUUCGACUUGAAGUCGGAUUCUUUGAAAUGGAUGUUGGCAUUUCAGCAAUGCUUUCAUAUUGUGAUAAUGUAUUAUUUGGUAUUUUAUAAGAAUCUGACAUAAGUGUUCUAAGACCACUAUAAAACAAACAUAUUUAUUUAAGAUUUAUUAACAAAACAAAAUUUAAAUCUGUAUUACUUGUGUGAAACAUGUUUAAAUGUGUUUGGCAAUAAAUAAAUAGUAUUUUUACUAUUAAAUAUUGGUUCAUUAUAAAAUGAUCUAUAUUCUGGCAUCAUUUUGUUUUGUUUUUGUUGUUUAGAAUUUAUUUGUUCUUCUAUAAUCUAAAAUGGUAUUUUAAAUGUCAGUAUGUAAAUAUUAUUUUUUAAUUUUAUAAUAUAGGCCAUAAUAGCCAAUUUUUUAAUACUUAC